AUGCAAAGUGAUAGAAAAGACAGUGAUUACAAUGGCGGCGGUAGGAAGACUCUACGUACGCCCAAGUGCGCCAGAUGUCGUAACCAUGGUGUGAUAUCAUGUCUGAAGGGCCACAAAAGACUAUGUCGUUGGCGGGACUGCCGCUGCCCAGGAUGCUUGCUAGUACUUGAGAGACAACGUGUUAUGGCGGCGCAGGUCGCGCUUCGGCGGCAGCAAAGCGCAGGUGGGACGGCUCGGGACGGUGAAGCCGCCGCGCUGGCGGCGCGAAAGCGUGCUUACCGUGCGCGUCUACGCAGCGUGCAGAUUUCGCGGAAUUACGUCAUCCCGGCCACAACCUUUGGUUACGGUACGGGGAGCGAUCCGGCGUGGAGCGAGCGCGUGCGACGACGCAAGGCGUUCGCGGACGCGUCGCUGGAGGCGGGGCUGGCGACGGGGCUGGCGGCGGGGCUGGCGGCGCCGCUGGGCGCGCCCGGGCCCGCACUCUGCCGACACCUGCUGGCGGCGCUGCUGACCAGCUGUGCGCCGCCGCCGGCAAAGCGACCCAAGAUAUCCUUCUCUAUCGAAUCUAUCAUCGGUGUGAAGUAG